CUCUAGUAUUCCGACAGUAACCACAUUCCUAACACACGCUUGGAGGCACUCGGAAGUACCAAUAGUAUGGCUGAAUAACCACCGACAGAAUUAGCUUCUGAACGACAUUGGACGACAACCUCCUACCACCCACCAACUACCGACAAACGCGCAACCCCGGUCCUAAUCACCCUCUCAACCUCGGCUGACCAUUACUACCCACCGACAGCCGGUCAUGUUCGAACCCGAACGCUCGGUCUCUCCAGAGCCUGUUCAGAUUUAUGGUCGUCUUCAUCAUCUGAAAGGCAAGACCAAGGCGAUCAAGCAGAGUUGUGAUAUCGAUUGUCCUGUGAUCACCAUCGGUCGAGAUCAGUCGAGCGAUAUCAGGAUCCACGCGUUGGACGUCUCGAGGACGCACUGCAAGAUCACCUUUGACCUCAUCACCGGUAAAGCGGUCAUCGAGAUCCUUUCCAAAGCCGGUCUCAAGAUCAACAAGACCCUCUUACCCCUCGGCACGCAACAUACCUUGCAAGACGGGGAUGUCAUCUCCGUCGCCGUCAGGCGGUUCAAAUUCGAAUACGCCCAAGACUCUGGGGAAGGAAGCGGGUUGGAAGCGCCUUGGUUGCCAGACUCCCCGGCUCCUACCAGGAGUUAUGGAGGACAAGCGAAUUUCGGGGAAGAAGAUCAAGUUCCCGGGUCCCCGAUGAGACCGAGUACGAGAGCUACCGGCAGUACGAGGUUCGCAGCGUCUUCCCGACGGAGGAACUCGACCCGACUGCAUCUGUUCCCUGAGCACGCCGCUAGCAAGGAAGUUAAGGAUGCGAUCCUCGCUUUGGCGGGGAACGAGACCCCUUCGGCAGAGGAUGAAGCGGCGGGGAAGAAGAGGGACCUGGCCUAUAUGGAGAUGGUAGAUGAGGAUGACGAGCAAGGGACAGGAGUAGGGAUCGAGGCAAAGAUUCUGGAAGCGGCGAACUCGCCUGUUAAACCUCAACGCGCCUUGCCAAGGUCGUUCGCUACACCUCAGCCGGGCAAGAAGAUCCUGAAGGCGCCUAGGACGAGCUUGGUACCAAGGACCAGGAAGAACGUGCGGAUGGCCGUGCAAGAGGAGGAUGUUCCCGUCGAAGCUAUCGAGCCCGUACAGGUACAGGAGGAGAGCAAGGUGGAGAUGACGCCAUCUCAAAUCCCUCUACCGCCUACGGAAAACACCCCAUAUGUGCUCCAAACCGGCCUAUACCCAUCCUUAGACGAGCUGGAUCAGGACUUGGACAAUUCUUUUGAUUCGGAAGGACCGUCAAGUCCGUCGCCUUUGGUUCCCGGACAAGGAAUGUACAGCACUCCGACCCCCAAGAACAAGUUUAUUGACUUGUUGGCUAAGGAGGAAGGUGGACUUGCUGGGUACCAGACGCCGAGAAACGUACCUUUGCCCGCUUCGAUGGAUACACCUUAUGUGACCGAACGGGCUGACCAUGGCGAGGAGGAAGAGAGCCAGGACGUAGAGAUGGAGGAUGUCGAGGGCGUACAGGACACCUCGAUGGGUGCCCCGGUGACCCCGCCCAAGACGACCCAGAUGGAGCAGGAAGAGACAUCACCUCUUACGUUCAACGACGAGAACCAGCCUCCUGCUCCCGUCUCCCCUGUUCGUAACGGUGACGAUCACGAAGUUGACCUUCGCUCUCUCAUGCCCUUGACACCUAAACCGAGGACCGGUAGGAACUCUUUGAGGAGAAAUCUCCUCUUGCACAGUUCCCAAAAGGUCAUGGAAGCUCAGCUCGUCCAAAGGCAGAGGAUGAUGCAACAAAUGGCCUCGGCUAGGAACGGUCAAAGUCAGAUUAUCGCGCCUACACCGAUGAGAUUCCAGAGCACACCUUACAAGACGGCUCUGCCUAGUCCUGGAGUUACCGACUAUGAGAGCAGUGAGAGCGACGAGGAGGAGAGGGAAGAGGUGGCUUUCGAGGAUGCUAGCGACCAUUUCGACGAGGAGGAAGAGUAUGAGGAUGUCAGCGGGGCGUAUGAGACGGAUGCCGAGGAGCUUCAUGGGGAAGCUGAGGAUGAGGAGGAUGACGAAGAUGAGCAGGAUGAGGUUGCUACUCCUGUGCAAGCGCACGCCAACAGCGUCAGCUCUGCCUCGUUCACCCCCUCGAUUCGUCGCAUUAUCAACGAGGAGAUCGCUGCAGCUGGCGACUCGUCUGACGACGAUGUCGAUAGAAGCCUAGACGUCGGGGCUAUGGAUGAUUCUGAUUCUGGACACGAGCAUGAACAGCAAGAAUACGCAUACGAGCAAGGUCAGGCCGAGCAAGAAGAUGACGAGGAGAUGGAACAGGAGGAAGAGUACGAAGAGGCGCAGGAGAUUCCCAUUGACCCGGCUCUCGUUCCGCUACCCGAGACUCCCGUCCAGCGCACGCUCGGGGAGCGCUUCUUUACCCCUCAAUACAUCGCCCGCAAAUCCGCUCGUGCUCAGCCUCGAAAGUCGCUUGACAAUUUCGGCCCGCCGGUCAAGUUCCAGGCGAUGUUGGCGACGCCUGUCAGGGAGGCGGUAGACAGGAUGAGCUAUGAUAUGGACCAGCAGGACGGAGAGAGCGACCGCGAAUUUGUCAAGCAGGAAGAAGCUGAAGAGGAAUCUCAAGCCGAAGCCGACCACUCGGAGACGGAGCGGGAGCCGGUCUCGUAUCAACAAGAAUUUGAGCAGGCCGAGUUGAAGAAACAGCAAGAGGCUUGGGAACAAAGUCAAAAGGCGAACAGCCGUCGUCGAACGCUGCCUGCACCCCCAGCCGGUUUCGAGACUCCUGAAGUGGCCGCCAGACCGCUCGAGCUGAGGAUGCCUGAGACGGCACAACACCCUGCUCUCGCCGGUCACAAGAUCGAUGAGGUCUCGAGCGAUGAAGACGAGGUCGAGGUGGUGGCAAAGGACCCGCUGUCCGAUAUCAAAUCGCACUUGAAAUCUCUGCGACGCAAGAGCUUGCACCGACAGAGCGUAGGAGGACCGAGCCGACCGAUCGACAUGAACAAUAGGCGUGCUACCGUUGGACUCGCUCAGCCAACGACCCCGCGAGCCUCGUCUCGAGCACCUCAACAGUUCUAUUCCGCAGCGCCCGCUUCCCGUUUCGGAAAUGUUUUGGCGCCUCCUCAGUAUGCGACUCAAGGCAUGGAGGAACAAGCGACCGUGUCGAUGCGGGAUGUCAAUCCGACCGGGGCUGCUUCUGCUCAGGCCAACAAGAUCCACGAGGAUGAUGAAGGCUCGAAUGACGAGGCAGACUCCGCGCGGAGCGAAAUUGACGAGGACGUUCCGACGGCCAAGCCAGAGUCUGACAACGGAAUGGAUGUGGAACAAGCAGGCGAGCCAGAGACGGAAGUGCAGCCGGAACGCGAUGUCUCGCCGCCGACCCAAGCAACCGAAUCAAUGGCCAACUUGAAUAUCUCCAACGCCCCAGCGACGCCGGAAUAUCGAGGUCUUAAGGAGAUGCUCAAUAUCAAGACUCUACAGACCCCCAAAUUUACUGGACUGAGAGAGAUGUAUGCCGAGGUCCGGGAUGCCCAGACCCCAUUGAUGAACGGGAUCAAAAACAUGUUCGCUCAACCAGCCAACCCUAGCACCCCGGACAUGAGCGGGCUGAAACACAUGAUGGCCGAACCGGCUCAACGGUCAACGCCCGAUCUCAACGGAUUACAGGACGUCUUGUACAAACAGGAUCCUGGCGAGCAGGAGCAUCAAGAAGAGCCGGCCGACACCGAGGUUCAGGAAGAGCAAGAGCAACAGGAGGAAACACCGGAUGAGCAGCCUUCGGAGACUAUCUCGGUCGCGAAGCCAUCGCGGGUCAGCAGCAAAGCCAGUAUUCCAGCAGUGACGACCACAAGGACUCGUCGCAAGGUUGCGGAACCCGCGGCAGAUGAAGCUGGUCCAAGCACGAGUACCGCUGCAGUAACCAAACGGUCUACCACGACGACUGCCCGCACGACCCGAACUAGGGCCCCCGCGGUGGCUGAAGAAACUGCGUCCGUCGAGCCCGUCAAGCGGAGUCGAACGAGGACUGCGGCCGCUUCGGCUGAGCCGACGCCUGCACCUGUAACUGCAGCACGAGCCACCCGUGCGACCAAGACGUCGACCGCUGUACCGGCUCGUGCGACUCGAGCGAAGGCAAGCGCAACACCCGAGGUUCCGGAAGAGCCCGUCAAGCCGGCUCAAGAGGAAACCAUCGUUCUGGUCAAGCCGACGGUUCCUAGUCGAGUCGGCAGGACGACGGCCGCUAGGUCUGCCGCGACGACGACUACAGCGACGAGGAAGGCCGCUCCCCUGAAGACCACCACGGCUCCUCCUCAGGUGCCCGAGGAAGCCGUCGCAGAGGAAGCCGGUUCGAAACCUAAAGCUCGAGCUACGCGAACGACUCGGGCGGUCAAGGUGGAAGAGACGCCGGCGGAAGAGAACGAAUCUGCUGCUGUGGCUCCUAAACGACGAACGGCGAGAACGGGGGCGAGCGACUUGACCGCUCCUACCGCUAGCAGUAAAGCGAGGGCAGCGUCGUCGGCCGCUUCUAAUGCUGCCAGUACGACCACGACCGCCAGGAAAGUACCAGCGACGAGGACGAGGGCUGCAGCGACGGCUCCGGUCGUUUUGGAGGAAGAAGUAGCUGUGCCCAAACGUGUCACCCGAGCCAGGAAGUGAUGGCUGGAUACUCAUAUUCUUAUGCACUUCUUGAACUGAUCGCCUAUAUCUUUACGAUCUUGUUGUAACACUACUAAUUUUCGAUAAUUCAUGUCAGACUGGCUAGACGAGUGACAUUCUACGAGAUUUCGUUACGUGAUCAACGUCAUGUAAAUUCG